GCGGAGGCGGCGGGUCGGGAGCGGAGCGGGAGGAGGCGGCGGCGGAGCGUGAUGGGCGCCUGACGCCCGGCCCGUCCCGCCGCCGAGGGACGAUGGCGCGGCCCCGCGGCGGGCGGUGGCUGCUGGGUGUCCUGCUGGCCCUGUGCCGUCUCGCCGCGCCGCUCGCCAAGAGCCUGGAGCCGGUGUCGUGGAGCUCCGCGAACCCCAAGUUCAUGACUGGGAAGGGGCUGGUCAUCUACCCGGAGAUUGGGGAUAAACUGGACAUUAUCUGCCCCAAGGCGGAGCCGUCCAAGCCUUACGAGUACUACAAGCUGUACCUGGUGAGGAAGGAGCAGGCGGAUGCCUGCAGCACCGUCAUGGACCCCAACGUGCUGGUGACGUGCAACCGGCCUGAGCAGGAGAUCCGCUUCACCAUCAAGUUCCAGGAGUUCAGCCCCAACUACAUGGGCCUGGAAUUCAAGCGGCAGCAGGAUUACUUCAUCACAUCCACUUCCAACGGCACACUGGAUGGCUUGGAGAACCGGGAAGGAGGGGUCUGCCAGACACGCUCCAUGAAGAUUGUCAUGAAAGUGGGGCAGGAUCCAAACGCGGUGAUCCCAGAGCAGCUGACAACGAGUCGGCCGAGCAAAGAGUCAGAUGACACCGUGAAAGUCGUCACGCAGAGCCCGCGCAGCAAGGUCCCGGUGGUGGAGGAGCCCGGCAAGCCAGGCUCCGUCAACCAGGACGGCCAGGAGACCCAAGGUCCCAGCGAUGGCUUCCUGAGCUCCAAGGUGGCCGUGUUCGCGGCCAUUGGCGCUGGCUGCGUCAUCUUCAUCCUCAUCAUCAUCUUCCUCGUUGUGCUCCUGAUCAAGAUCCGCAAGCGGCACCGGAAGCACACGCAGCAGCGAGCCGCAGCCUUGUCCCUCAGCACCUUGGCCAGCCCCAAAUGCAGCGGGAACGCGGGCUCGGAGCCCAGCGACAUCAUCAUCCCCUUACGGACUACAGAGAACAACUACUGCCCGCACUACGAGAAGGUGAGCGGGGACUACGGGCACCCCGUCUACAUCGUGCAGGAGAUGCCCCCGCAGAGCCCAGCCAACAUUUACUACAAGGUGUGAGGAGCAGCCUGGGAACGGCCGAUGCAGCAGCGCGGGAGCGCCGGGCGCGGGGCUGGCGCCGCAGGGAGGAAGCGAAACGCCCCACCCGGCACGGCGCGGGCAGCGCCGGGAGCGGCGCCGGGGAGCGGAGGGCUCAACGCUCACGUGCUGAUUCUCCCCUUUGUAUUUAGUUUUGUAGUUCUCAGCUUUUGUAAUCCCGAGACUCUGAGGGUGAGCCUUCAGCCUCCUCCUCUUCUUCUGCAGACUGUGGCCGGCCGUGGGGGGCAGGCGCUGUGCCUUUCCGUGCUCGGGACACCGCUGGCAAACCUGGAGACUCCACCUCCCCUUUGUGGUUUAGGAUUUCCCCGCGUCACCCCUGCGGCCCUGCGGGAAGUGCCCGCCAGCACCACGGGCUCCCCGAGCCUGGAGCGACGCCGGGGCCUCGGUCCCAGGAGCAGCGAGUGCACAGGGGGAUGAGGAGGAGGAGGAUGCUUUGCCAAGGUGCCAAGAUGCAGACAACUGUGCAGGGAGGAAGCUGGCAAACCCGAUUUACUACUACUACUAUUAUUAUUAUUAUAAUUAUUUUAAUUUUUUUGUAACAUUUUUAUUUUUGUGAAUUCCGGGUGGGACUCCGGCCCGCCGCCUCUGGGCACACGCCAUCACCUCCUUCCAGCACGUCAUCCCGCCGGCCACGGGGCAGAUUCCACUCCCCCCGCUGCCCCUGGAAACUUUUGUGUUCGUAGCUGUUGACUCUUGUUUUAGUCUCUUUAUAAAAAGAAAGAAAGAAAAAAAAAUUCUAUCUCCACCCUGUCUCAAGCGUUCCGUGCGCGAGGGGCCGGACAGCGCUCCUGCCCCACGCGGAGCAGCCGUGGCCUGGCAGCUCUUCCCAACCCCUCUGGAGCAUCCCACUGUGGAAAAAAGCCUUUGGCUUUCCAUCGGGCUGGGGCUGAGCCUGCUGGAAGCAAAGUAGGGGGUGGCAGGGGGAAGCUGCAGCCCCCUCCUAAGCUGGGCAUACUGCAGGUGGUUGUCCUUGGAAAGGAAAACUGGAAAACAAAGGUUCCCGACCUGCAGCUUGUGCUGGGGGUAUCAGGAGGAGGCUGGUGCUCAGGGCUGGAAGCCCCCAAAGAGGCUGGAGCACCAGGCUUGGCUUGGUUGGGAGCUGAGCCAAAGGCUUUUCCGCCCUCCUGCUUUACCUGGAGAAUCCAAUGCCCCUUGGCAGGACCUGCUUUGGGGACCAGCCCCUGCUGUGCCUGUUCCCCACCCUGCUCCUGGUGCAGGAGCAUUCCCUGUCUUGCCGCCUCCCGGGGGUCCCACAGCCCGGGCUCCCCUGCCCUUGCCUCGCCCAUCUCCUGCCCAAAACUGGAAGGGGUUGAGCCUGUGUGGUGGGAUCAUUCCCAGCUUCCUCUUGCCAGGAGGAGCUGCCGGCACCGUGGCUGAUGCCAGUGAGCCCAGCGGGGCUGGCAGUGCCCUGUCACUGCCUGUCCUCGGGCUGUCCCCCCUUCCUCACUUUCUUUUCCUUCCAGCAGUAGCUGCUUUUGCUCAGGGAGCAGGAGUGGGGCCAGCGGGGCUGUUCCCACCUGGGCUGUUCCCGCCUGUCCCCAGGGCCCCGAAUCCCGCGUUAGGAAGUGCCCAAAGAGCGAGGGAGCUGCUCUGCUAAAGUGCCUUGACGAGGAGCGGGCGGGGGCGGGGGCAGAGCAGGGACGGAGGGGAUCCAUGGCCUGGGAGGAUCCGGUGGCUUGGGGGGAUCUGGUGGCCCGGCUGCUGUGCUGGGGUUUGGCCCUGAGUGGGAUGGGAGCAUCCCGUGGUGUCACGUUGUUGGGUUUGUGGUGGUUUAGGGCAGGAAUUUGGGGUGGAGUGGAGCAGGAUGUCCCAGCUCCCCUCCUGCCCUCAGCAUCCCAAGGUGGUUCUGCUUCCAGGGCCCUGAACCGGCUGCUUCCCUCGGGAGAGAUGCGCUCCAGCGGGUGCUCCCCCCGCUUCCCCCGUGUAGCACCUUCUGUCCCCCUCUCCUUUGUGGGAUCCACUGCCCAUCCUGGUCCGGGAGCUGCCCCCACCAGGACCCCCAUUCCCCAAUAGGGAAAUCCCAGAGAAUUGUGUCUUAAAAAAUCCCCCUUUCCCUCCUCCCUCUGCCAAACCUUGGCCUGUGUUUCCCAAAGUGGGCAGAGCCCUGGCUGGGCAGUGGUGGCAGCAGUGACGGUGACAGUGACAGUGGAAUCCCUUGGGAGUAGUGGCUGGAGUGGAGGGGGAAGUGGGGGGACGAUGUAGUUUUGGUUUGGUUUUUGUGGAGAAGGGACAGAGUCUGGCCAUAGGUUGUACCAAAAGUGAUCUGACAGCGCUGGUGGCUUCCCACAGUGGCCAUCCCCAGCUGAGGUCUCCAUCAGUCCCACUCCUGCUGCUGGGAACAGCUGGAAAACCUUGUAAAUAUGUGAAGAAAGGGUGAAAUCAGAACUCUUGGUUUUUGCUGAGCACCUCGGGCUGCUGGGUCCUGGAUCAGAGUGUGUCCCUUGGGUUCUUUUUGUGGAAAGCAUUGAAGUUUGAUUGAUUUUUCCUUUUUUUUUUUUUGGAUUUUUUGUUUCUUCCCCCACCCCGUUUUGUUUGUGUAAAUACUAGUCUUUUUUGGAAGAAAUAAUGUAAAGAUGUUUUGUAUAAACUCCGAAUUAUUUUCUGGUUGCUUUUUCUUAGAAAAACAAAUGAGAACUUAAAAAAAAAAGAUGAAAAAAAAAGAAAUUUUAACCACAAGAACGGGUGUAAAACAUUGUCAUAGAGCUCAGCCCGGAGCCCAUGGGCUGUGCUGGAGUGUGGGAACUGCCGGGAUCGGGACUGGGGACCUGCCCUCGAUGUAAUGCAGGAUCAGAUGGGCUCCAAGCAGAGAGUGAGCCAGGAGUCUGGGAUUCUAUUCCAUCCCAGAAUCUGUGGCUCAUUCCCAGUGAGUCCCAGAGCUCUGAGCUGUGCCCUGGCCACAGGCAAAGACUUGGGGACACAUGGUGACCUGAAGGAGCAUCAAAUUUAUCUCCUUUCUUACCUUUAACCAAAAAAUCCCUGACCUGGGGAUGCAGAACUCAGUGCAACAUCCUGAGAUCCUGCUCUGCUUUUUCAGGCCUGUGGAGCUGCUCCUGCUGCAGAUCUGUUUCCCAACCAUCCCUAUUUUCAGUUUUCCUGUUUUGGUUGCCAGCUGCCAGCUCACCGUGGCCCCAUCUCUGCUUGGUGCCUGGGCUGAGGUGGCUCCUCCUCAGCCGUGCCCACCUCAAUGCAGGGGCCCUGCCCAGGAGUGGUGACUUGCCUGGAGCCAUCUCUGGUGUCACCUGGCACUUGCUGGGAGCAUUGGGGACCCCCAGUUGUCCCAGUUGCUCCCGGGAGCUGGGCUGUGAACCUGCAUUAUAUCGACACAGGGUUCCCGGGGGGUUCUGGAGGUGCCGGAGCAGGGAUGGACAUCCCUCUCUCCAUCCCGGCAGCGCCGCACCCCAGCACGUCCUCACUGCGCUCCCACAUUUCAGAGCUGUGCCACCUCCACAUCCCACAGCGUCACAUCCGCGCCGUCCCCUGUCCCCAGGGGCCCGGCCCUGCCAUCAACCAGCCGGGGCUGCCGCUGCCCCACCCCUGUGCCAUGGUACUGCUGGAGCAGCCGGCCUGCCGGAUUUUCCCUGUCCGCUCUCCACUGCCGUUACCGAGAGGUGGAUACGGACCUGGAGCCUGGAUGUGGUCCCGGUGCGGGGCACACGGGAUGGGGCUUGGGCCGAGCGGGAAUGGUUGGGCGCCGUGUGGGGAACUGGGCACGGGGGGAGCGAGGUCCCUCUGUGCCGGCACCUCCUCGGCUGCAGGGGCACAUCCUGGCUCCGGCCUCAGCAUCCCCGUGCUGGUUGAUCCUCCUCGGCUCCCGGUGGGGCUCCGGCGGUGCCGGGAUCUCCUCGGCCGCGCUCCCAGUGCCGCAGAUUUUCUUUCUUCGUGUCAUGUUCCUGGUUUUGAUUCCUUUCGCCUUCUCCCAGCUCUCCCGCCCAGUAGCAUAUCAUCGGCAUCGGUAACAGCUCUGUGGCAGCUGAACUCCAUGGAGCCGUGAUGGAACCUGAUAUAUUGUUAAAUAAAAGGGUUUUUUUCCUAUGGAA